GACGAAGUGGAAGCUAAUUUCAAAACGUUUAGUUAGGUUGUUAGUUUGUCAUAUUGCAGCUACUUUUACGGCUUGAACUUUAAGAAGAGAUUCCAGAAAGUAACUGACACCGUCUUCAAAGAGCGCAGAGGCAGAAAAGUUUGCUAAAGUUAGCCGCGAAGCUAAAAACAACUAGCCGAGUUAGCGAAACACAGCUGUAGCUAGGAGUAUCUUUACAGUGAGAUAGUUCGCUUGUUUUAUGGGAGCUGUAUGAUAUAUCUUAAAUUAAAUUAGCUGUUUACAAUGUAAGACCAUGGUGGUCCUAAGGGAAGGUAUGUGUCCUGGUCUGGAUGAAGGUUUACUUCGGGACCUGCGUGCUGCUGAUGUUAAAACAGUGGAGGACCUGGUCUCAUCAGACAUUGAGGAACUUGCUCAGAAAUGUUCUGUGUCCUAUAAGGGUCUGCUUGCCAUCCGCCGAGUGCUGCUGGCCCAACACACAGCGUUUCCCGUGUCAGGUGCUGAUCUGUAUGAAGAACUAUUGAGCUCAACUGCUAUCCUCUCCACUGGAAAUCCCAGCUUAGAUAAACUGCUGGAUUCUGGCUUGUAUACUGGGGAGAUAACAGAGCUGUCAGGAGGCCCAGGAAGUGGCAAAUCUCAGGUGUGCUUUGGCGUCGCGGUGCACAUUUCUUACCGGCUGAAACAGAGCGUGGUGUAUAUUGAUACGACAGGAGGGCUUGCUGCCGGCCGCCUGCUUCAAAUGCUCCAAGCUGAAACCAGCAACACGGAAGAGCAGAUGGCAGCACUUCAGAGGAUCCACACCUUCCGUUUGUUCGACGUCUACUCUUUGCUCGACUGUCUUUACAGCCUUCGCAGUGGUGGGCUUCAGCAGGCGUCUGUCGGUGGCGGCUCCGUCAAGGCGGUGAUCGUGGACUCCGUGUCUGCCGUUAUCUCUCCGCUACUGGGAGGCAUACAGAAUGAAGGCAUGUCCUUGAUGAUACAAGUGGCAGGAGUUCUUAAGACGAUGGCAAAGGACUUCAAUGUUGCUGCUUUGGUAAGGGUGACACAGUCCUUGAUGUGCUCUGCUCUGAAUGCAAGAGGCAUCUCUAGUGUCAAUCCAAACCCGUCACAAGACACUUCUUCAUCUUACUGCUUUGAGACCUGAAAUGAAAACUAAACAUUCUCUCACCUUUUUUGUUUGGUUUAGAAAACAGAAUCACGAUGA